UCCCAUAAGAGCUUCACUAGCACUUGUUCCUCCCCAUCUUCGUCAUUCCUCCCUCAAUCAUCUGGUCUCUCCUAACCUGGUUAGCAGCGCCAGGCCAGGUCUUCACUGGACCCUUGUGUUCCCCCAGCUGCUCUCUCGGUGGUUCUCGAUUGGCCGAAAUGGUGGCUCCCCAGUCGCUGCACGUGCUCCCAGUCGAGCAGGGCUCGCUGCUUCUGAACCACCACAAAUUGCGCAGCAGUAGAACCUCCUUCUGCAGUCAGCAGCGCAUCGCCACCAGACGAACGGCCAGGGUUUUGCCACGUGCGUCUGCUGCGCCAUCCACACCGUCGUCGUCCGCCUCCUCCUCCUCUUCCGCCUCCUCCUCCUCGCCCUCCUCCUUACCAUCCGCUUCGCCUUAUUCCGCACCGCAACCUCCCCCCCUCUCCCGCAAGUCAAUCUUCGAUGCGCCUUUAACCAACCUCCCCAGCUGGCCCGCCCCUUCCGCCAAUGCCGCCGCGCGGCGCGCCGUGCAGUCCGCCGCAGCGGGAACCGCGGCGGGAAAGGCAGCGAAGUCUGCGGAGUCAGCGCGGCAGCAGGGGACGGUGUCGGUGGGGAUCGACGUGCAGGAGGGGGAGGAGGACGGCGGACACGUGGGGCCAAUGAUGAGCCGCCAGCUGUUGCGGACGGCACGUGGCGGCGAGCUGAGCGACGACGACGAGGAGGUGGACGGCAUCGCGGCAAUCCCGAAGAUUCGAAGAGUGCCGGAGCAGGAGCAGCGGCUGCUGGCAGCGGUGGACAUGGGCACGAACUCGUUCCACAUGGUGGUCGUUAAAGCCGACAACAAGGGGCGCUUCGAGAUCGAGGACGUCGAAAAGGAGGACGUGCGACUCGGUAGCGGGAGCUCGGGAUUCGCCGUGAUCACGCCCGACGCAGAGGAGCGGGCGCUGGCGGCCGUGCGGCGGCUGAAGCAGAUCGCGGCGACGCGUGGCGCGACGUUGCGCGUCGUCGCCACGUCAGCGGUGCGCGAGGCGCGCAACCGGCGGUCGUUCAUCCGCCGCGUGCUGGAUACGACCGGCGUUGACGUGGAGGUGCUAUCCGGCCAGGAAGAAGCCUGUUUGAUCUACCUCGGUAUUCUCCAGGCCCUGCCAGUGUACCACAAGACGGUGCUCACAGUGGACAUCGGGGGCGGGUCAACGGAGUUUGUGAUUGGUCGGGAGGGCAAGCCGCUCUUUGCCACGUCGCUCAAGCUGGGCCACAUUCGCCUCACGGAGAAGUUUGCUCAGGGCGGCGUGUCGCAUCGCCAGCAGAUUCUGGAGCUGCGGCGAUACGUGCGAGUGCUGCUGGCGGACUCAGGGGUGCUGGAAGUGGUCAAGGGCGCUGAGAAAGAGAUAGAGCUGGCCAUUGGAAGCUCGGGCACCAUCGAAACAAUCGAGCAGAUGAUCCACCAAUCGCGCGCCAGCGGCAUCAUCAGCACGGGCAGCAUGACAAGUAGCUCCGGCGCCAGCACCAACGGCGCCAGCAGCAGCAGCAGCGGAAAAUCCAGCAGCAGCAGCAACAGCGGGAGCAGCGGAAAAAGCAGCAGCAGCAGUGGAAACAGCAGCAGCUCAGCGGUUGUGGCAACGGGAGGGCAGAAUGCGAGGAGCAGUGGAAGCAGCGGGAGGAGUGGAGGGGGCAACCCUAGUGGUAUCAACCAAAGCCAGGAGGCUGUCUUGCGCCGGCUAGCAGACCUCAAGGACAGAGAGUUCACCCUGGAGGAGCUCUCAGCGGUGGUCAAGAAGAUCUGCAAGGCCAAGACGCCCGAGGCGCGUGCGAAGCUGCCCGGGCUGCCUGAGAAGCGCGCAGACGUGAUUCUGGGCGGCGCGGUCCUGCUGGAGGAGAUCUUUUUGGCGAUGGGCAUCUCGAAGAUGCGCGUGUCGCCGUACGCCCUGCGGGAGGGGGUCAUCGUGGACACGCUUUCACGCACCUUUACCGACUUCAGUAUUACGCCGGAUCUGAGGAGGAGCUCGGUGAUGAAGAUGGCUGGCAAGUUCAACACAGGGCAGAGGCUGGAGUCCGCCCAGCACUGUGCGGAGCUGGCUCAGCAAAUCCUGGCCGGCCUGCAGACGUGCAAGAUGGGCGGCUCGGACUGCGUGUCGCCGAUGAUGAACCUGCUGGACGGCAACGACUUCGAGGUGCUGGAGGCCGCCACCGUGCUGCACUACGUGGGCAUGUUCAUCUCGCACAAGGGCUACCACAAGCACAGUUAUUACCUGAUCAAGCACUCGGAGCAGCUGCUAGGAUACUCACCAAUGGAAGUCGAGAUGAUCGCUCUCUUGGUGCGCUACCACCGCAAGAAGCCCCCCUCCACCAAGGACGAGGACUUUGCCAAGCUGCCCCCCGUGGUGCAGCAGAAGAUUAGGGCGCUCUGCGCCAUCAUGCGCAUUGCUGUGGCUCUGGACCGCUGCUACACCGGCGCUGCGGAGAGGGUGAUGGUGCUGCAGGAUGACGACUCGUGUGUGCUGGCGGUGACCCCAGCGGUGGACCCCCAGACAGGAGCAGCUCAGGACGUGUCUCUGGAGAUGUGGGCUGCACGGGGAGAGCUUGAAUACUUCCACAAGAUAUUCAAGAAGGCGCCGUCCAUUGUUAUCGCGGACGAUCUUGACGCAGAUCUGCUCCACGCAGAGCCGUCCAAGAGCCUCAGCUCUUAACUAAGCCCCAGGUUUCGAAGGAGCCCCGGCUCUUAGCUAAGCUCCGGUGGAUCCUCCACCCGUGACUGUUCUUUUUCACUUCGAAGCACGUUGCAUUGGAGCCCGAGCUUGUAAUCGAGGGCUAGUGAGGCCCCACUUGGGCCUAAAGCCUUGAAAAUUGUGUGCAUCUUGCUUGGUAUGAUGGAUGGUGUUUUCUGUGUUGACUACAAUAAUGUAUAAAGGGUGAUGUUUACAACCUCUGCAAGUUAUUUGUGCUGGCGAGGAAGUGAUAUUGAGGAAUGGUAAG